CAAAGCUCAAGUUCUCAUCGCCAGCAAGAGGGGUGAAAUGUGUGAAAACAAAUACCUGGUUAAGAAAACUGUGGGCUGAGGAAAUGAUGAAAUUUUGAAUUCUGGGCGAGAACAUUCGCUGCUUAUUAUUCAGAAAAAGGGGACCUUGCAAGGCUACCCAGUGUGAUCCCAUUUCUGAGAGAAAAACAAACAGGCAAGACCAAGUACGCUUGCCAGGAAAAAAAUAGGACAGGAGAAAAUUAAAAUAUGUUUGGUCUUGUUUCUUGGAGAAGAGUCCACGUAACUUAUUCUCGUGUUUAUUUCGGAAGCUCUGGCUAAUGCUGCCAUCUGGAUUCUCUUUCCCUGCUUUUCCUGCUGUAAGGCCAUUCAGUCCUCACGUUAAGCUAGGGACAAAGGUGAUAGUCUGUCUCCCUAUUCUCCAGAAGAGGAAACCGACGUUCAGAGAAGCUCAGAGAUGCUGAGACUUGUCUAAUGUCAACCUUAGAGAGUAGCAGAGAUAUCAAGGACGAGACUCCAGAAUUAGAGCCUUCAAAAAAAUUCCCCUAAGGCCUCCCAGACCGGAGGUUGGGGGAGGGAGUGAGGUUGGGGUGGCGGGUGCUGGGGAGGAAAGCUCCAAAGGUUCUGUUUUCUGAAACAUCUUACUAAGAAAAUUACCAAAGGAAUAGAAAAUAGAUAGUGUUUCUCAAUGUGGUCACCACCCAGCUUCGAAGAAAGCCUUAAAGGAGGUGGGGAGGAAGACUCGGGGAAGGGGAUGGGGGUGCUUAGGAAGAGGGAUCAGCCCCAGAGCCACAGGCUUCAACAGGCUUGCUCGUGCAUGCAUGUAUGUGCGCGCGCACGUGCACGGCACAUGCGCACAUGCCCAAGUUCGCACAGACCUCCAGGCUCCACUGGGGCAGCCCCUGGACUGGUCCCCAACGUUGAUGGGGAACCGCAGCUGCCCUCCCCCUCCCGCCCCCACGGGUGCCUUCCUCCUUCCUCUUUCUACUACUGCCCUGCCCUUCCACAGACGGCUUCUUCGUUUGUCUCCAGUUCCCCUCCGAGGCCUUGAGGUUUGGGCUGCCCUGGAGGACAUGGCCUGGGGCCCUGACAACGUGCGGAAAUGGUCUACCCUGGCGCUUCUGGCCAUAAUGGGCACAGCCCUGACUGCGGCCAUCAACCCUGGCUUCGUGGCCACAAUCUCCCAGAAGGGUCUGGACUUCGCAUGCCAGGAGGGUGUGAUCGUGCUGCAGAAGGAGCUAGAAGCCAUCAGAAUUCCUGAUCUCUCUGGAGUCUUUAAGAUGAAGCCACUGGGAAAAGGUUACUACGACUUCUACAACAUGGUUGUGGAAGGAUUUCAUAUUCCUAAUCCCCAGAUCAGUCUGCUGCCCAGUGAGGGCCUCCGGCUGUCCAUCAAGAAUGCCAGCAUCAAGAUCAGUGGCAGAUGGACAUCAAAGAAGAACUUCCUCAAAGCCAGAGGCAAGUUUGGCCUGAGCAUCCAAGGCGUAUCCUUCUCCACUGACCUGAAGCUGGGCAAGAGCUCUUCAGGCCAUAUCACUGUCAACUGCUCCACCUGCGAAAGUCACAUCGACAGCAUCCAUCUCCAAAUCUCGGGCAGCAUGCUGGGGUGGCUGAUCCAGCUGUUCCACAAGAAAAUCGAGGCUUCCCUGAGAAACACCAUUUAUAAAAAGAUCUGCAAGAUCGUGACCAACUCUGUGUCCUCCAAGCUGCAGCCUUAUAUCCAGACUCUUCCAGUGAUAGCUAGAGUGGACGAAGUGACCAGGAUUGACUACAGUCUGAUGGCUCUAACAACCACAGCUGAGUUCCUGGAGGGGCAGCUAAAGGGCGAGUUUUUCUGGCGGGGAAACCACAGCUCACUUCCUAUUACCCCAGCAGCAAUGAGUUUUUCCCCAAACAACGACCACAUGGUGCACCUGGGCAUCUCCGACUACUUCUUUAACAGCGCAGGACUUGCAUAUCAAGAGUCUGGAACCUUGAAAAUAACCCUGAGGGACCAAAUGUUGCCAAAGGAUUCCAAGUUCCGACUGAACACUGAGUUCCUUGGGACCUUCCUGCCCAAGGUGGCCAUGAAGUUCCCCAGCACAGAGGUGCAGCUACUGAUCACCGCCUCCGAGGCUCCACGCCUGACCAUACAGCCCUCAGGCCUCUCGCUCGAACCUGCCCUGGAGACCCAGGCCUUUGCGGUGCUCCAAAACUCCUCCCUGGUCCCUCUUUUCCUGCUUCACAUGAAUACAAAUGCCUCUAUGGAAGUGGACGCUGAAGGAGACAGACUUGUUGGAGAGCUGAAGCUAGAAAAGCUGAUGUUGGAACUGAAGCGCUCUGACUUCGGCUCUUUUAAGGUGGAGUUACUGCAAGCUGUCAUAAACUAUCUCAUGCCCACGAUGGUGGUGCCCAAGAUCAACGAGAGGCUGCGGAGAGGUUUCCCUCUCCCUUUGCCUGCUGAGAUCAAGCUCAACAACAUCAUGUUUCAGUCCUACCAGAAUUUCCUGGUGCUCAGAGCAGAUGUCCACCGGACCUGA